AUGCCAAACAUCACCGGUCAGACACCCCCUCACGAGUCACCGCUCAUUGAGCUCAACGCAAACGCUUCGGAGUUCAGUGUCUUCGCGGCCGUCAGACAAUGGGUUCUUCAGAAACAACUCAAAGACUACGUUACGAGUGCAGUCAUUGUGAAGGCAUUGCACCGACACUACGGAACAGACACUCCAUUCGUGCGGACACUCGACAGACAGGCGUUCAUACGAGACGUGAGGGAUAGGGAGGAAUGGGGUGAUGACACGGACUGUGAACUGAGUUUAUUGGACACCAAAUACUGUACUCAACAAACACUCGACGCACUGUCCGUCCGCUUCACAAACGCUAACUUUCCUCUGCAUCCCAACCCUUACAUCAAAUCAGACUUCCAUUGCGAAGAGCUUUUAAAAUCUCAAUUUGAUCGGGUUUUGGAUAAUUACUCCGAAGGAUUAGUAGUCCGGGAAUUUGUGUUCGGAUUCGCCAUCACUUUGUUUUAUUGCAUCGAAGGCAUCGAUUGUCUUAAGUUAAGAAAGCCUCGAUUCGUUGAGUCGUUAUUCGGGAAACACACGAAAUUCACGGCAAUCCCCGACAUCACUGCAUACAAAGGCAAAGAAGUUGUGUUUAGUGUUGAACUGAAGGCCAUAAUAGAAGACAAUGUCGAAGAAUAUCUGAAGGCCAGGGCCCAGACAGUCAGCGGCGCCAUACUCUCUGCUCUACAUAACCACGACAAUCGGAUUAAGGACUGCGACCACCAGAACCACUCAUCCCUGUGGGCACUCCUAAUUCGGUCUCAAUUUUUCCAUUUCUACUCUUUGGACAUAAGUUCCCAAUAUCUGAAACACUUGAGACACAGCGCUGUCAUUCCUCGAUCGCAAGAAGUGGUCGUAAAGGAGUACAAAACUCUUGACUUCACGCAAGCGCCUCAUCAGCGAGUGAUUGCCCACCACUUGAAGAAUAUCUUCAAAAGCGAGAAAAUUCCCAACCGACCACUUCUCACAACGCGGACAACAACACAGCAAAUGGUAUCGAGUGAUGACGAGUCGAGUGAUAACAAGCAAACAGAGUCUGUGAUGAAGAUCCCGAAAGUGGUUGGCUUUGGUCUCGAUCUCAUGCAGACGUCCGUCAAUAAGGACGCGAUUAAUGAGGAAACGGAUGACAGGAAUGGCGACCAACAGAUCGAUGUGACGGAAGACAUAACGGAGCCGUUGUGUGGGUUCGGACAG